GUAAGUUCAGUGGUGCCGUGCAGAGGUUGUGGCAAUGGGGGAGGAGGCUGCAGAAUUCCAGAAAUCUGUGUUGGGGACAGACUAAACCAUCUGCAGCGGAUUGCAGGACAGGAUCCCCAGCCUCUUCUCUCUCAAGGUGCAAGCUUCACUGAUUUCUGAACAUGUCCUUCCUGUUUAGUUGGAUCUCCAGUGGUUUUAGUGGUGUCCUUCAAUUUUUAGGAUUAUACAAGAAAACUGGGAAAUUAGUAUUUCUAGGUUUGGAUAAUGCUGGAAAGACAACCCUGCUCCAGAUGCUUAAGGAUGGGCGGAUGGGACAGUAUGUUCCUACUCUACAUCCAACAUCUGAGGAGCUGACCAUUGCCGGAAUGACAUUUACAACAUUUGAUCUUGGUGGACAUACCCAAGCUCGUAGAGUGUGGAAAAACUACCUUCCUGCCAUUAAUGGCAUUGUGUUUCUUAUUGACUGUGCGGAUCAUGAUCGGCUAUCGGAAUCUAAAAGAGAACUUGAUGCAUUAAUGGCUGAUGAAACUAUAGCCAAUGUUCCAAUCCUGCUUCUUGGCAACAAGAUCGACCGACCUGAAGCUAUAAGUGAAGAGAGGUUACUGCAUCUAUUUGGAAUCUAUGGACAGACAACAGGCAAGGGGAAAGUGCCACAGAAGCAGCUGGCAAACAGACCUCUGGAAGUCUUCAUGUGCAGCAUUCUGAAGAGACAAGGCUAUGGGGAAGGCUUCCGAUGGUUAUCACAAUAUAUUUAUUGAUGACAAGCUGUAUAUUAAAUCCCACCAUUUAUUUAACUGUCCUGGAUCUAUAACUCGUGAUUGACUUAUUUUCAGCAAGGCAGCGCUGCAGGUUCAUACAGAAAAACUGCCGCCAUUUUUGGAGUCUGAUCUACACAGUGGGCUUUGCAGAUCCCGUUACUCUGCUUUCAUACACAGAAAUACAGGAGCCAAGUUAUUCUAUAAAACAUGAUAAAAGAACCAAAAGGCAUCUAUUUGUAGCCGCUAUUUGUUAUACAUGUUAGCAUUUCCGCUGGCAUUACACAGAUUAUAUUAUAUUAAUGUACUUUACAUCAUCAUUUAAAACAAAACCCACUUUUUGGCCAAUGUGUCCUUCAAAAAUGUCCCACCUUAACUUUAUAGCAAACUUUGCUUCACAGAUCAUUUGUUUCUAAAAAUUGUAUAUUAGGUGCAAACAAUCCAAAAACGUGAAUAUUAAACCUCAGCAGCUAAGAGCUUGGGAGUUUAUGUAGAAGUAAUUUUUUCAAUUCAAUUUAGAUUUUUUUGAGUUUGUUUUCAUAUGCAAACAAAUUGAUAAAUAAGCCCACAAGUGGAUCAGCAGCUCGUCACCCUAUAGGGCUCCUAUAUGAACUCUAUUCAUAGGUGCGUGUAUAUAAUGGAGUUUUACAUGAACGAAUGAAGCAAAAAGGAAAACUGCUUGCCAUUAGUGGGUACUAGAAUUAUUAACCAGUAACAAACAUCCCUAACAAUGCAAUGUCCAUUUAGGCUCCAGUCUAAUGAAGUAGAACAGUAGAUAUUUCAAGAAUAGUAAAUAUUAUUGACUUGGGGCAAAGAAUCCUACAAAAGUUAGCUUAUUUAUUUAUUCAUUCACACCUAGAAAUUACAGUGAGUACAGGUAUGGGACCCAUUAUCCAGAAUGCUCGGGACCUGGGGUUUUCCAUAAUUCGGAUCUCCUACCUUAAGUCUGCUAAAAACAUUAUUUAAACAGUAAUUAAACCCAAUAGGGCUGUUCUGCCCCCAAUAAGGGGUAAUUAUAUCUUAGUUGGGAUCAAGUACAGGUACUGUUUUAUUAUUACAGAGAAAAGGGAAUCAUUUAACCAUUAAAUAAACCCAAUAGGGCUGUUCUGCCCCCAAUAAGGGGUAAUUAUAUCUUAGUUGGGAUCAAGUACAGGUACUGUUUUAUUAUUACAGAGAAAUGGGAAUCAUUUUUAAAAAUGUGAAUUAUUUGAUUAAAAUGGAAUCUAUGGGAGAUGGCCUUUCUGUAAUUCAGAACUAUCUGGAUAAUGGGAUUCCGAUACCUGUACACUACAUAUAAAGAUUUUUACUUUUUAUCAUAUUAUUUGUCCUCUAAACCUUUUGACACUCGAUAAACAAAAUACCUGAAAAUACCAGACACGGACUGUGCAAAUUACUGCAUUCCAGGAUCACUGACCCCAAAAGACAGGGAUUCUGGUAGGUUGGGGUGUAACUGGACAUGGUUGGGGCAGAUCAAGGGCAGCACCUAUAUUUUUUAUUCCAACAUUUUGCACAUUUGUACAAGAGUAAAGAAGCUCUUUGCAAUGUAUUGAAAGUGGCUAAACAUUGGGGGAUUGCUAAUAAUUCUUCUACCGUACUAUUUGUUUACUUUACUGGUGAAGUGAAUAAUGGAUAUACACAACAGUUAUUUGUUAUUAUGCAUAUUAAAGAUGACACAUUAUGGCAAGGAACCUAUUUCAUUGGUUGCUAUAGUUUCAUAAUUAACUGACAACAUAGAUAACAUAGAAUUUUAUACUGUUAUAGGCAUUUAUGAAUCCCAGGGCUUCUGGGAAAUAUGUUCACAGAGAAAAGAAAUGUAUAUUUUAUUACAUAUAUUUUGCAUGCAUAAAAUGAUUUUAUUUUAAAUAUUCUAAGCAAUAAACUACAAAGGCUGGAUCUCUUUAA